AUGAACUACUCCAAGCCACCCGUGGCUGUGUUUGCGGGGGCCUUGUACGGCGACGAGGAAAUUGAUGAAAUGCGCCAAGCAUGUCAAGGAAUCAGUUCUAUCCCUUGGUUAAAGAUGGAUAUGAGUGUGCCUAAGCCGCCUCUCGGGCCAGGUUAUGCGGAGCAUGUCGUACAGAGAAUCAAGGAAUGUAUGAAGAAGAUUGAAACUGAGGGGAAGUUGGAACAAGAUGUAAGGUAG